AUGCUGACCAAAUUGCUCUGUAUUACUUUAUGUUUUCAAAUAUUAGCUUGUGAUGCGUUCCAAAUCUCUAUUAAGAAAAAUUUGCAUAAAUCAAAAAGUGGACUGAUUGGAGGAAGGCUGGAGAACCUCGACAACAACUUUGUUGGUACGUUUUCAUAUUUUUAAAAAAUCUAAAAAUAUUUUUAUAAUUUAAAAAUAGAGAAAACAAGCUUUUAAACCAUAAUUUUAAUUUUAGGCGUAAUAUCAGUCGGCUCUCCCCUUCAAGAUAUCACGGUAGCUUUAGACUUCAACAGUUCUUUAUUAUGGGUACCGUCAGAAGAGUGUAAAUGUAACGAGGAAUGCAGCAUUCGUAAGUAAUCUCAAGAUUCAUAAAAUAUUUAAAAAUAAAUCUAUAUUUUUGUAUCAAUAGGUUUCAUACCGCGUAGUAAAGUGCAACACCAAGUACACAUAUAUACAUAAAUAAAAUUGCAAAUUACAGCUGAAAUCUGUGACCAAGAAUGUUCGGCACAUUGCUGUGAAGCCGCACAGAACGACGAACGUCCAGUCGAUCCAGAACUGACAGGAACCUGUACCCACAAAGGCGUCUUCAACACCAAAAAGUCAAACACCUUGAUCACAGGUUUGUUGUUUUACCGUAGUUUUUAAACCAUAUAGUUUAGGUCAGCUUAAACAACGCGCUUAUAAGUCCGUUUUAACACGUAAAUCCAACAAUACAUCAUUUGACUACGUCAAUUCUAGAUAAAAUAUAAUUUUAGCUGGAAAAUCGCAGACCUUCCAAUACAAAGAAGACUCACUGACAGCCGACUUGAUAUACGACCAACUCAGUCUCGGACCCAAACAUAAACCCGCUUUCACAGCUCGUAAUGUUAAAUUUGGUGUAGUAAAAGAUGUCCCCGAAUCAUACGAACAAACUCAAUACGAUGGAGUUUUUGGUCUGGCAAUCAACAACGAAAACAAGGAGAAAAGUGUUGUCAAACAACUGGCUAGCCGCAAUUUAAUUUCCCAACCAAUUGUCAACGUCUGGAUCAACGGAAAUCAGACGAAAGCUGUUGUUGAUGGACUUUUGUCAUUUGGCUACGUCGACAGCAGGGUCUGUAACACAACUUAUCAACCUGUACCUUUAACAUCUGCUGAAAACUGGGAAUUUAAUAUUGAAUCAGGGACGUUUGGUCAGUUGCGAGCCAAUCGAAGCAAAGUAAGCAUACACAUAAGCAUUUUAUAUAAGUAACACAACAUAGGAAAGGCUAUAACCUUGUUUCGCAAAAAUAUUAACAACUUUUCCUCUUGGCAAUUAUGACAUUUUAGGCUGUCAUCAACCUCAAUCAGCACGACCUCACCGUGCCUCAAGUGCUUUUUAAUGCUAUUGUCUAUUACUACGAUAUCCGAACAGACCCACUGACCAAAGCUUACGUCGGAUCAUGUCCAACAUCACAAAACCUGAUCAACCUUAACAUCAACAACUUCAACUACUUCCAAGAUGUGGGUGCUCUCACCAGCUCAGUCGGCAACAAGCAAUGUCAAUUCCAUCUGAAGGUCGCUGAGAAAGAUGCUACACAACAAUUUGUCUUAGGUUCGUCGUUCUUCCAGCGCUACUGCAUCGUGCUUGACUACACUGGCAAGAUCGGCUUCCCAAAUGCCGUUAAAGGAGUCUUUGCUUGA